AUGGAACAUGUAUUGGAUUCAAAUGUUAAUGAAAAUACAAAAUUAGAUAAUACAAAAUUAGAUAAUAAAGAUUUGGAAAAUGUAAAAUCAGAAAAUGUAUUGAAACAUGAAAUUAAAAAGAAGAAAAAAUUAAAAACUAAACUUAAAUCUGUAAAAAAUGAAAAAUUAGACGAUAAAAAUUUAGAAAAUAAUUUAGAAAAUGAAAAUUUAGAAAAUGAAAAACCGAAAAUUAAAAAAAAUGCUAAAUUGAUUAAAAAAACACAAUUAACCAAUACUAAUACCACUGGUACUAAUACUAAUACUAAGGGAAAGGGAGCAAAUGACACUUUUGAUACUCCGGGAAAGGGAGCUAAUUUUACAGCUACAGAGUGUACUACUAAGGAUACUAAAGGAGUUGGUGAGGGAACUGGUACUGUUGGACCAAGCACCGUAACGGAGGAUAAAAAUAUAAGUAGAGAAAAGGUAGCAAAAUUAAAGAAAAAAUUUGAAACUAAAAAAAAUCAAUCAACAUAUAAUAAAGUUAUUAAUUUAUUCAAACAACAUAAUUUAUUAACUGAACAACAAAAUGAUGAGAAAAAUCAAUUAGACGACAAAAAAUCGUCAGAUGAUAAAAAAAUAUUAAAUAAUGAAAAUAAUUCAUUAAAUGAUAAAAAUUCAUUAGAUAAUGUAAUAAUAAAUAUAGAAUCCAAUACAAAUAAACAAAAUAAUACCACCAACACUACUACUGGAACUACUACUAAUACUACCACUGCUACUACUACUGUUGGUAUGAAUAAAAUAAAAGGUGUAAAAAAAAUAACGACAGUUUUUGGUGGAUAUCCAGUAUUAACAUUAACAUCUUCAGUAAUAUUAUUUGUAUUUUUAUUUCAAAUUAUAUUAAAUAAAAUAUCAUUUAAUGGUCGUUGUAUUAGUAAAGUAUUAUAUCCAAAUGAUUCUAAAGCUUAUCAUACAAUGUUUGGUUAUGGUGCAUGUGAAUAUAAUUUACAACAGAAAAUAGAAGAAAUUGGAUAUAUAGGUACUAAAGCUAAUGAUAAAGGUUGGCCAUCAACACUUGUAAGUGAUGAAAAUGUUGUUGAAUCUACUUCUACAUUUGAUUCACCUAAUUAUCGGGGAUUCACAUUAUUCGGUGGAAUGAAUACUAAUUAUAUACGUAAUUAUAAAGAAUAUUUUAGAUUAUUUUGGAGUAUGUUUAUGCAUAGUGGAGUUUUACAUUUAAUAUUUAAUUUAAUAGCACAAACACAAAUAUUAUGGAUUAUUGAACCAGAUUGGGGAUUUUUUCGUAGUUUAAGUACAUUUAUAUUGUCAGGAUUUAUGGGUAAUUUAUUUGCUGGUGUAUUUGAACCUUCAUUUACAGUAGUUGGUUCAUCUGGUUGUAUGUUCGGUCUUAUUGCUGCACUUAUACCAUAUUGUGUUGAAAAUUGGUCAUUAUUACGUUCACCAAUUUAUAUUUUUGCAUUUGCUAUUAUUAUUACUAUUAUCAGUUUUACAUUCUUCAAUAAUACCGUUUCUAUAUAUUCUCAUCUUGGUGGAUGGGUUGGUGGAUUACUUUGGGGAUUUAUAACAUUAAGAUCAACAUUUAAAUUAAAAGAUUGUGCUAUAAAAGAAUCUUUAUUAUUAUCUUUUUUUAAAGAUAAACUUAAUCCUGAUGAUAAAAAUAAAUUAAAAGAAUCUUUCUUAAUUAAACAAAGAAAGUGUAUAAAUGAAAUAAGAAUAGAAAGAAGAAGAAAAAAGUUUAAACAAAGAAUAAAAAAUUUAAUUAAAUAUCCAAUUGAUUAUUUCAAAAAAGGACCUUACGAUAUAUUAAUAAGAAUUAUACCACUCAUAUUAUUUGUAAUAUUAAUAAUAAUAUUAUGUUCAAAUUUAUUAAUAGAAUCGAUAUAUAAUAGAAUGUUUUUAUUAAAUGAAUCAUCAAAUUUAUCACAAUGUUGUUAUACAAAUGCUAAAAGUGAAAUAAUAUUUAAUAGAAAAGUUUUUUGGUGUUUUGAAAAUUAUCAAACUGCAAUUAAUUUCUGUAAAAUUUAA